AUCAAUAUUUGUGUACACAUGGCAAUUCCUAUUUCUUCCCAUACGAUUUGUAAAAGUAUUGUAGUAAUUGUUUAAAAAACAAGCAUACAUUACUUUUAAAACUAGUUUAAUUGUUCAAUCAAAAAGAAUAUUUAGUUAAGAUAUCAAAAUGAGUGAAGUAGAAAAUUUGAAGAAAAGAAUAAAAGAAUUAGAAGAACAAUUAUUAACCGCUAAUGAAUCAAAAAGACAAAAAAUUGUUGAAAUGAGCUCUGAAGUUGUUGAUUCUAAUCCAUAUAGUCGGUUAAUGGCACUAAAACGAAUGGGAAUUGUUGAUGAAUAUGAAGUAAGUAAAAUGAUAUAUAAAAUUAUGUUACAUUUUGUAUCAUUCUUCAACUUGUAAACUUAUUAAGCAAUAAUAUUUACAGAGCAAGUAUCUUGUAAUCAGUACAAUAUUGAAUGUAUUCUGACUUUAUUUAACCUCUAAAUACUUCCUUUCGCAGAAAAUUCGAAAUUAUACGGUUGCUGUAGUAGGAGUUGGGGGUGUUGGAAGUGUUACUGCGGAAAUGCUUACAAGAUGUGGAAUAGGAAAAGUAUAACAUUACAGCCGUUUAAUUAGUAAUUUUAAUUUUAAACAAAAGUAUUCUUUUCUUGUGUUUUCUUGAAAUAAAUUAGCUUAUUCUCUUUGAUUAUGACAAAGUGGAAUUAGCUAAUAUGAAUAGAUUAUUCUUUCAACCUCACCAAGCUGGUUUAUCUAAAGUAGAUGCUGCUGUGAAAACUUUACAGUCAAUCAACCCUGAUGUUACUUUUGAGGCUCAUAAUUACAAUAUAACAACUAUGGAUAACUUUGAUCAUUUUAUGUCAAGAAUAAAAUGUGGUAGCCUAGAAGGAAAGAACGUUGACCUCGUACUAAGCUGCGUCGAUAACUUUGAAGCAAGGAUGGCGAUUAAUACGGCAUGUAAUGAAUUAGGUCAAUUUUGGAUGGAAAGUGGUGUUAGUGAAAAUGCUGUUUCGGGUCAUAUCCAAUUUAUUAAACCUGGAGAAACUGCUUGUUUUGGCUGUUCCCCACCUCUUAUCGUAGCAACUAAAACAGACGAAAAGACUUUAAAACGUGAAGGUGUUUGCGCGGCCAGUUUACCAACGACCAUGGGAAUUGUGGCUGGGCUUCUUGUUCAAAAUACUCUUAAAUAUUUAUUAAAAUUUGGUGAAGUCUCAUAUUAUCUAGGCUAUGGAGCCUUGAAAGAUCAUUUUCCCACAAUGGUUUUAAAACCAAACCAAGAGUGCGAUGAUAGAUUUUGUAGGGAGCAGCAGGAAUUAUUCAAAAAAAGAGAAGCAAAUAAGCCUAAAGUCGUUGAAGUCGAGGUUAAAGAAGAGGUUAUAGUACACGAAGAUGAAUGGGGUAUUGAGUUAGUUAGCGAGUCGAAAGAUGAUGAAGAAAAACAGGAUGAUAAUUUAACCGAAGGCGUUCAAUUUGCUUAUUCCAUACCGAAGAGUAAUGAAGAAGAAAAAGCAUCAACAGUAGCUGAUAGUAAUUUUAGUUUGAAAGAUUUGCAAGAUCAAUUAAAAGCAAUGAAAUAAAGCAUUAAAAUAUCAAUAUAUUAAAAUAUACAUGCAUAUAAUAAUAUAUAUAUGAAUAUUCCAUAUUCUCUUUACUUUUUUCGGUAUAUCAACAUUGAAGAGUCAAAGAUAUGUAAAAAUCCAUAUUACGUAAUUUGAGGAGAAUACGUUUAACUUUUGCUUAGAGUUUCAAAAACUAACUGUAGUCUAUUUUAAGAAAUUUUCUAACACAUAAAAGGUUAAUACAUGUUUAAACGUAAACCAUUAAAAUAUACUGUAACAGUAGGUAGUUACUUCCACUUUAUAAAAAGAAUAUUUUCGUACUAUCUUCCUCGACACUAAGUUGUGAUCUUCAAUUUUUUCCAAGGUCAUAGCGAGUUUCUAGUUCAGAAGGCGAAGAGAAUAUUGAAAUAUUUCCACGUACCUUUAUAUACUUAAAAUCCUAUAGAAAGCGUUAAGCUUUUAGAGAUAAAACAAUAAACUGUGUCUGUGUUGUGGGAUAUAAAUUGUAUAUAGUGAAUGUAUAUUUAUAGAUAUGUAAAAAAAACAUUUCCUCCUUACUAUGUACACAUGUCUUUAAAUAAACAGUUCAAAUUCUGGUUUUGGUGC